AGACAAUAUGCUUGUGAGACACAGAGGAGGAGUACACCCCCAAGAGUUUUUACACACACUCAUUGUUGAGAUGGUUCACUGAGACCGACUCUCUGUGGACGGACUUAUUUCUCUGUGUGACACUGAACAGAACUGCGUUACCAACAUGGUGAGUACUGCAACUGUUGAAUAACUUACAUUAGAAAAGUUUUACCUUUUAAAUUCCAUUCACUAUGACUGAGGUAAAAUUCCUUUAAUAGUUUGGAUCUGAUUUUUAAUGCUGAGUGUGAUGCAUUUAUUUCUGCAUAAUACUGCCCAUUAGGAAAAAUGUCCUUACAGACAACCUGCUUGUAGUCCACUUUAACUUGUGGUGUCAGCUACUGCCUAUUUCUACACUCAACCCCCUGACCUGCUUCACUGUGGGCUGUAACCUGAGAGGGCUGAUCCUGACACAGAGCUGAGAGUGAAACUUUACGAGCCUCAUUAACACAAGCCUUCAGGAGUGAGAUUAUACACUCAGACUUUUCACCAUUAAUUGGUAUCCUUUUAUUUAUUUUAAAGGCAGAUGUUAAACUUGUCAAUUUGGUACUUUGGUUUAUUUUGCACAGACUUUUGAUCAAUGAAAACAAUGGAUUUUAUGCUUGGAUACUUAAGCUCUGUGCGUUCAAGUGACUGAGGAAAUUACCUUCAAAUGUGUGGAGAUAGUUUGAGAUUGUUUCUGCUGAAUUCACCUUAUGUUGUUGGUUCAGUUUCUGUGUUUUCCCUGUAAAACUUUACAGUCUCUAAGAUUGAUUUUAUGAAUCGAGAGCUUGACCGAGAAGUUAAUAAUAGCUGCGUGUAUUUGCAUCAAGAAAAGACCCUCAGAGUGCGAGUGAAGGCUGCGAGUGGUCAACGGCAGAGGAAUAAUUAGACUGCAAAAUCAAAGUCAGACAAUCAACCUCAUCAUCUUUGUCAAAUAGCUCACGUUGUCCGUCUUUGGAGGAAUUCUGUGUGUUGUUGAUGCACAGGUAGUCACGGGUCUACAGUUGACAAUAUUUGUAAUUGACUAAGUUCUGUUUUUCAGCUCUGUCAUCAUUGCUCUGAGAUCUACAGUGAUGACAACAAAGCACUUACCUGAGUGUUGUGGGGGAAACACACAUGAUUGCGUUUAUAAAAAACAUUUUACUUCCUAAGAAAAGCAGUUCCUGGAACCAAAGGGCAUUAAUUUAACACAUGAGAAUCUAGUAGUUUACACACCAAACACUGCAGAUAGCAGUUGAUACAAUCUGUGCAUGUUUCUCUCCCUUUGGUCCUGAGUUAGUCUGGGAGUGGAAAAUGCUUUAAAAGCCUCAAUAUGAGUAAUGUUGACAGAAAAGUACAGUCUUCCCAGGUCUUAUCUGUCGGUCACAGCUGAGCAAGAGGAUGUGCAUCAUCGUGACAUUUUCCCAUGAAAAGCAAAUAUACAGCUGAGCUCAUCUUUUUCAUUGCUCCUUAAAAGACUCUGACUAGUUUGUUCGGUGACAGACGGUUUGGGCAAUCUCAUUUCCGCUCUUUAAGGUUGUUUUCACGUCGGAAUAGAUUCCUUUUAUAGUUCCCAGUGAACUAUUUUUGGACGCCUCGUGUGCUGUGUUGUUGUCAGGCUUUAUCAUCUGAGAGCAAGAGUCAGUGGACAGUCAUGAGGGCUCACACAGCGGGAGGCUGGCGCGAAGAAGUCACAGCAUCCUCAAGUCUCGGUCAAGGAAGUGGAAAGUAUUUUGGACUCUAAUUCACCAUCUGUUUUUAAUGUUAUUCAGCCACUUUUAAUGUGUUUACCUGCUAAGGAUUAUUAAUUUACUCCAUCCUGUCAGGCAAAAAUGUGAACUGGGUUACAGGGUUAUGUGUAAAUAAAGUAGCUCAGUCCAUGGACAAAUAAGUGUCAGAGCUCAGUGAGCCAAUCAGAUGAAAGAAAUACAUUACACACGAAAUAUUGCAACAGGACAGGGACUUUCCAUAACUACUUCUAUGAAUGACUGUUAAUGAGAAGAAGAAGAUGUCGGGUUUAUCUGAUAACUUCCUCAAACUUUCCUACAAUUAUAUCUAUGCAGCAGAACAAUGACAGAACAAAAUGGUGUGUGUGUGUGUGUGUGUGUGUGUGUGUGUGUGUGUGUGUGUGUGUGUGUGUGUGUGUGUACAGUUAAAGGUGUUAAUUGCAGCCUCAAAAUGCUGAGCUCAGGGCCUUACUGCAAGACGUCAAACUAAGCAUGUGUUUCUUUGUUAUGUCUGUUAAACAUCAUCUCAUUAUGCUUAAAAUAAGCUACAUUCGCCAUGACGAGUCCAGGUAAACGUCACAUUUUAAAAUGUUUUUGGCAAAAAAGAAAAAAGGCCUGAAGUUCUUGUGAUGAGGAAAAGUGAGACAAGCGUAAUUUUCUGGUUUUACAGCGCCACCAUUUAGUUCACUGUUGCUUAAUUUUAGUUUUUACUUUGUCAAAGUAGUUUCUGCUCACAUUAGUUAGAGACUUCACAUUAAUUUACCGCUCCAGUCAUGUCCACCUUCUGGCUUUAGUGGCUCCACAGGGCGCAUUAAAGCUAUUAGAUUACACUUCAUAUGAUAGUAUGCAAUGUCCCAAUUCCCUAAUUUAUUAUCAUUUCAUUUGAUCAUAUAGAAUCCUAAUGUAAAGGGAAUUUAAUGGAGAAGAAGGUUGUCAUCCGUUUACUGCAGCACCUUUAAACUAAUCUCAACACCGAUCAUGAUUUUUCAACUCCAACUGCAGGAGUAACAAGUAAAUGAAUUCAGAGUGAUAGCACUCUGAAUUUAUGAAGUGUGAAAAAUGACAGAGGAUGAUGGUCUGAGGAAGUGUGAGUACGAAUAAAAGCAGAGUGUGAGGGGUGAGAUAAGUUCCUGCUACAGAGAAAUGAGCCUAUCUGUUAUCUGCUGCUGUGCACAUCGUCCAGUCUGUCAUCCACAGAAACCACCAUACCGCUGAGAAAUAAGGAUGGAAAUAACACACAGUACAUCUGUGUGAGCUGCUGUACAUCUCAGUUUUUGCUGUUUUCACUUUGAUCCAGCUCAAUCAUUUCACACUUCUCUAUAAAACAAUAAUCGGACACUAUAUCAAGCUGAAUCAGCUGCUUUUGCUCGUCUGUCCCACUUCUCUUAAAAUCUUGGUAAAGGUGCAGAGAAGCUCUUCUAUCAUAAACACAUGCAGCAGCAUUGUUUGUUCUUUUUGAGAGAAAACAAUGACUACAUUUAAUGCAAGGACAAUGACACUGUGUUGCUUACAGACCUAACUCUGUACCUCCAGAGUUCAUUAUAAAGGUUCAAAAUGAGCAAACACACAGAUUUGAUCAAAGAUGUUGUUUUCAGAUGUUCCCUAACCAUCUCUUUUGUCAGUAUGUUGGGCUGCUCUGAACUAAUGCUGUUGUUGAGUUACCAGCAUUUCAGUUACCAAGUCAGAAAAAAGCAAAAUCGGAGGUGGAAACAAGAUGGCUACAGCUAUGAAAGUUAUUUUAGCGCUUGCCUUGUCUGAAUAUAAAACAAGCGCUAAAAUAACUUUCAUAAAUGUAGCCAUCUUGUUUCUGCCUCCGAUUUAUCUUUUUUCUGACUUGGUAACUGAAAUGCUGUUAACGAAUGCUGAUUAUAAAUCUCUAUUAGAAAAAUCAUCACUGGGAUGAGGAUAACAUCUGUUCAACCAUAUUCAGUUUAAUAAUCCAUGAAUCCUCUCUGCUGAAUCUUGACAUUAUUUUUUUUAUCAUUUUGAGAGGAAUUUCUCAGAGACAUCGAUCAUCCAGUUGAAGAUCUUCAGAAGUUUUCAUCAGUCGUGUGUCUGAGACUUUGACAUAGUUCUCACCAGUCCCCAUACAGGAAAUACCAGGGCAGCUGCAAGUCAGUGUCACUGCCGUGGAGCCUGAGUCAUUCUCCAUGCUGCUUCAAUUUGUUUUGGUUGAAGAGGCGAUUUUCCACACAGCACAUCUGAGGGUCGUUUACGAUGAUAAAGUGAUCAGUCAGAAACAAAUUUGAAAAAUGUCAGUAAAUAGUUCUGGAGGAUACCAGGUCAGAGUUUUCUCUCACUUUGUUGCUCUGUUCCCAUCUCCCCUUCUUCCUGCCCCUGUCCACGUAUCAGAGAUACUGUGGGAAAGUCUAAUGUAUCAUCUCUACAGGCUGACCUCCGGUCUGAAUUCAAGAACACAUAUAAACUCAAAGCCUCUGCUACUGUCUGGGAAAACAAACUUUUUUUCCCCUCAAUUUUAGUGACUUUGACAUCCUGCUCAUUGACUUAAAAAACUUGUAAUAGUGUAGCAGAAUGUGGUGAUGUGGAAACCCACAGCAGACAUGCACUUGUAUAUCUAAUCUAAUUUUCUCUAAUCUCUAAUUUUCUGGAUUUAAACCAUUUUCUUUAAAUCUUGAUUCUGUCAGACCAUCAUAUCCCUGCAGUUGCAAAAGGAUGAAACAAACAGAAACAGACUUAACUUGAGUCAUUAAAAAUAUCGGCUUGGCAUGUCACGGUCAGGUAUAUCUUAACUGAAAGCCUAUUGUCUCAUUUUCUAUUGCCAGAAAUGUAUCCUGUCAAAGGUUUAUCUUAUCGUAUCUUGUCUUAUCUUAUCUUACUGCUUUAUCAAGAUCAGUAGGGGACAGUUACUGUGAUCACAAGAAAAAAAAUCACCAAAUCAUUUGAUUAUUUCACUGGACUGUCACCAGAUUUCUGACCCGUUGGUACGCACAUAAAUUUCAGAUGCACCUAAAGCUUACAGAGCUAGUUUUUGCAGUUCCCAGUUAACGUUCUUUGUUAACCCCUUGCUCCUCUAAAGCCCCACCCUCUGCCUCAAACAUGAUCACAGAGAGAGAGCGUCUGCUCCAGUCAAAGUUUUUAGACCUUAGUCUACAUACCAAUAGCAGACGCCGCACUACUCAGUACUCCUUUCAUAUGGUCAGCGGCUGUGAUGGAGAUUUGUUCUCCAUCUCUGUGGGUGUUGUGUUGGGUCAGGCAUGUGCCUGAAUGUAUAAUUAAUGAGGGUCCAACCUGACCCCAAGGUCACGCCCUGGCUGUCAAGGGUCAAAAGGUCACAGUGAACUAAAGGUGUCAUUCCCGCUCUGGGAAACUCUUCCGGGAAUGGUUCCUGCAGCUUUCUGAUAGAUAGAUGUGUGUAGGCCUUGAGUUUAUGAUCACCCAGUGUGUUUUUGGUCUAUUUGUCCAUCAUUUCCACUGCUGUUUGCAACUAUUACAGGUAGUGGUAAGAACUAAUCAUCUCUUACCAGUUUAAGUCUAAAAAUAAACCAAAAAACAGUUUUAAGUGUGGAAAAACUGUUUUACCAAUUUCUUGAUCACAUUUUUUUGAAACUGUGGGAUUUUUAGAAGAGAAAAUAAGAAAAAAAAUCUCCUUUUGUUGUUUCAGAUUGAAAGAAAGUUGUUUAAAGAAGUCUGUUUCAGACUUGUUUUAGAGUAAAUAUGUUUUAUUUCUUAUCUUUGCAGACUUACAGCAUCGACAGGAAACUUCACCUCCUCUUUAGUGUGUUUUAAGAAAAAAAUUUCCUUUUUUUAUAUCUUCUACAGGCAACUAUCGUCAUUUAAACAUUAUCCAUACUCCAUAUUUGGGUGUUUAUUGAUAGAAUGUAUCUAAGUUGGCCUUAAGUAGCUUAAUGUGGUUUACAGUACCUUAUGGAAGACACGUUUCUAUCUCUUUUAAAAGCAUUUCUGCACUGCAACUGAUGGGCGAAUGUUAAUUUGUGAACAGGAUGGAGUGGAGAGACGGGAGAGGCAGAGACAGCUGUAUGGUUAAAGUGCUGAAGACCAGCUGUCAGUGAGGCUGAUCUGCACAAGCAGGCGUGUGCAGGAAUCCAAAAGAGUCACAGCUGAAUCAGACUUUGUAACUGUACUUAGUGAUCCACAGAAACAGGAGUUGUGAAUAAGUGACAAGAAUUUAAAGGUAACGCACUCUACUUAUGCCAAGCUGAAGUUUAGAGAUUAAGUUAGAUAGAAACUGUGGUUAUGAGUCACUUGACUCAUAACCAGUCACGGUGUGGUUUAAAUGGCACAUGGGUUUCCUUUAUCAGACACAAUAAUCAAAUUCAGCACAUUUUCCCACAUACAUGCUGUCCUGAUAUGAGUAGAUUGAGACAGUGAUGGUGUGACACAGCCAGAGUUUGAAAACACCAGCUCACAAUGUCAUCUUUGGAAAGAGUACAUAGACGAGUCCAGAGAGAAGGUCCAGCAGCAUAAAUCUUGCUUUGGUGGCAGACUGUCAUUUGACCCCAUGUAUUUCACUUGCAUGUCUGUAGCAUGACCCAUGGGAUUAAGUAGUGAGUUUGCUGAGGCUUGGUCUACGUGCCUGUGUGUGUGUAUGUGUGUGUGCUGGGUGGGAUGCAUAGUGUGCUGUGGUCAGAGUGCUCCACAGGCCUGCAUCCCAACAGGUGCUGAGCGUGUCAGGCUGUGUCGGUGAAUGGACUCUUUGUUGCAGAGGAUUCAGCCACAGGGAGAGGGCAGAGAUUGCAGAAGCACCCUUCAACACACACACACUUCUCAGCUGAGGGUGGUGUGAGAGUGUGUUUGUUUUACUUAAAGCUCUCUCCUCCUCCACUUGUACCGUACUGAUGUACAAAAUACAUCCAUUUAAUGGGUCUGUAUCAUAGACAGUUUGGACAGCUAUGGACAACUUGGUUUUGCUUUCCACCAGUAUACUGUUUUGAAGCUUAAAGGCUCUCGGUAUUUCCGCGAUUUUUCUCAAUUUCCUGAAACCAACAUUGUGCAGUGGUGUUGUACGCACUCCACCACUUGCGCAGUAGCAUUGUACACAUUCGGUGGGAGAGUCGCCGAGAGUCGCUGUGGUGACACUCGGCUUAAAUAGCGUAUCCCCUGGGUGAGCUACCCAAUCUUCGUACACCCAUAGGCUGUAUCAAUGUCAACAUGUAUACAUGUCAACACGGCAACCAGGGGGAAAAAAAAUUAUAUUCUGUGUAAAUAAUUUAUCAAGUUUGUCCACAGCUCCAUAGGGAUUGCUAGAGGGGGUGGGAUUUAUGACCUAUACUGCAGCCCGUCACCAGAGGGUGCUGUUCUCGGAGUGACCCAGCAAGGAGGCAGAUGGCGUCCAUUCUUUAUACAGUCUAUGGUCCAUAUACUCUCCUGCUGGUCCUCAUAUUUUGGAUGUUACUUGCAUGUUGUAAGACAGUUAUCAAUUACAGAUAUUAAGUUCCAAUAACACUAUGAUUCUGCUAUUAUACUGAACUUAAAGAAUUUUAGAAAGGACUUGAGGCGCUAUAGGGUGACAUCAGGCAGCACCUUGUAACACUGCGGGGAGCAGAGUGCUUGGGAAAGCAACAUACAAAGAAAGAUUGGGCAAGGAUUGCUUUCUACAAAGAUCCCUACAAGUUUGUCAAAGACCUCUUAGUCAAGGUUAAAACCAGGUACCGUAAAGUACCUGUGAGGGAACUGGAAGAGCACCUGAGGAAUGCCGAUUCUGACAACCAGAGGCCCAUACCAGCAACCAUUCCCGAUGAUAUACCACCAAUCCAACCACUUGAGCACCAGUUGGACACAAGACCCUCUACGUGGAGCCAAGUUGUGAACACAGUAAAGCUGUAGACAGCAUCAGCCCCUGGCCCCCCAUUUCAUACAGGCUUUGUAAGAAUACGCCGGGUAUCUUGAGGCUCCUCUGGAAGCUGAUGAAAGUAGCAUGGGGUAAAGGCAUCAUACCACGGGCAUGGCAAACAGCUGGAGGGAUCCUGAUUUCCAAACAGAAGAUCAGUCUUCUUAACAUGGAAGGGAAGAUUUUCUUCAGUGUUGUGGCCCUAAAGACUCUUAGCAGUCUUGCAAAAGAACAACUACGUCAACACUGCAGAGCAGAAUGCAGGGAUAAGUAGAUUGUCAGGGUGUCUGGAACAAGCAAUUUCCAUCUUGCACCAAGUAAAAACUGCCAAGAAGUAAAGGAAAGAUCUACCUGCUUUUUAUUUUUAGAUCUUGACAAUGCCUUCAAGUCAGUACUGCAUGAGAUGCUGUGGAGAGCCUUCAGCUUUUUUCAAGCAUCACAAGGCUGGUCAAAGCCAAUUUCCAGGACCUCCAGUUCUGCAUGCCUGGCAUCACCUGGAGAUAGGCAUAAUGGCAGGCUGCACCAUCAGGGACUGUUAUAAGCAUUACAUUAAAAUCAGGGACUGAGCAAAGUUUGGCUCCACUGCACUGAGUUUGGCCGACUGGCUGGUCAGUAAGCUGCUGGAGCCAAACUUAACAAGGGUAAACAUCACUUUUAAAUAGUUAUUAUUGGAAAAAGAGUACAGACCACUUGAAUUUCUGUUGUUACUUUUCUCAACUUUUAUUUAUUAAGAGAGAAUUUUAAAAACUCAUCGAAGGGAUAUGGGUGUACACCUUCUUUCCUAUCUAAAUAUGCCAAACCACAAGCUGCAGGUUGUGAAUUCAGCCCUCAGUAUGCGAUUGUUUAGCAAUAAAUGUUUGUGCUAAAAGUAUAAAGCCUCAUCCGAUGUUUCAUGUACUGCAAGAAAGAACACUUUAUCAGGUGACUUGGAGUAGACUGUCACAUCAUCGAGAGAGCAUGGACUUUACAGGACCACAUGCAUGAAGCAACCACACAGAGUGACAAGCGACUAUUGUUAAGUUGCAGAGAAAAAAAAUAUGUAAAGUGAAGUUUUGCACAUUUAUUUUUGGAAUGAUGACAGGAUGCUUGCAAGCCCACGAGAGGAAGCUUUGUUGACACUUUGUUUGCACUUAUCUCUCUGCAAGAAGAAAACUAGGAAGUGAAACAGCAAAGGAAAGAAAUGUCUCAUUGAAAAUUAAAAAGCUCAGCUUAAUAUUUUGAUGUUGUUUCACGAUUACUUGAUAAAUUAGAGCAAAUAAGACUGAAUCUGUGCCAACCGUUUUUGUUAGUUAUGAUUUAUAAAAUGACUUCUGCAAUUUUUCUUGUGAACUUGAUGAUGAGUCUCAUGACUCAACGGGCAGCAGCAUUUUGUAAGAGGAAAUGUUGUCAUCAUCCUGCAGCACCAAAAACAUAAUCGCUCUACACCGAGGACCUUCAGAAAAGAUGACAUUUAGUAAUGCAGUGAAUAUAAAGUGAUUUGAUCUCAGCAUGUAAAUUAUCAGGUAACUGUUGCACACGACAGUCUUAAUGGUUAUCUUAGUUUUAACUCAUCUUUAGAAGUGACACCACUUGAACGAUGGUGUUAUUUACCUCCUAAUCCGUGUCCCUCUCUUUUUUCAUUACAGAAGAAACUUGCAAAGGCUCUGUACGACAACACAGCAGAAUGUGCAGAUGAGCUGGCCUUCAGAAAGGGGGACAUCAUAACGGUGAUGAAUCAAAAUGUGGCGGGCACCAGCGGAUGGUGGAUGUGUUUUCUUCACGGACGGCAGGGACUGGCCCCGGCAAAUAGACUGCAGCUUUUACCGCAACAAACUGGAGCUGCUGCAGGUCCAUCAGGACAUGAAAAGACUGACACUGAAGCUGAUCUAAGUGUGCAAAACAUCUACCAAAUCCCGAGUGUUCCCCGUCCCUCCAGCAGCCCAGCCUAUGAGCGCAUGGACAUGAUCUACAAGGUGCCUUCCACUCCUUUGUCUGCUUCAGUCCCAUCAGCACUUAAACACAGCCCAGAGGGACCUGAGGUAAACUCAAGCAACAAUUUCACUUACUAAAGGAUGACUGAAUAUAAGAAUGAAACAAAAUAGAGAUAAAUGUAGAUGUUGGUGUGUCUGUUACUCUGAGGUCAACCUGGCCCUUUUCUUGGGGAAGUGUUCACUCAUGAUUAGAGAGGCAGAAAUGCAACGCUGCUAACCCCCUGCUGGCAAAAGAGCUUGCAGAUGGGGACCAGGGGCCUCUCCAUGGGGACAGGCAUGCAGCUCUGGGGUCUUUAUGGGCCAGUAAAAGACAAACAGACACAAACUUCAGACACUUUUAACCGCUAACAACAGCCCCUGCCGCCAGAGACCCCAGAAAGUCAGAGGUGUGUAUAUAGGUGCCUAUGCAGCAGAAGGAGGGGAGAAAUAUGCCCACAUGUUCACCAUUUCCUCUCCUGCUCUAGGGGAGUCCUUUUCUCCUCGGCAGUAGCCACCUUAUAUUCAAUGAGCAGUAUGGUUUCUAUUAUAGAGCUGGGUUAAUUGGCAAAGUGCAUGCAUGAUGGGCUUCUCGGCAGUCUCCAGAGCAAAUACUGUCUCCAUAAACGUCUUCACGUAGAGGUCAAUGAGGUAGAUGCAGCUAUGAUCAAAGCUGUGCAAGUGUUGCAAGUCUACUCCAAUGUCACAUCCUGUCUGUUUUGUCCGCAGGCUUCAUUUUUCAGCAUGGUGUCCAGUCGGAAAGGGGAGGUUUAUGAUGUCCCAAACCAAGCAAGACGGGCUUCUCUUUUCAACGUAAGAGCCUUAAUUUUACACAACAUAAAACUAGAGAGUGUUUGUGGAUAAUCUAUCACUUGGGUGACUGAGUACUGGUCCUAUUGUCUUAACUGUUGUUGUGUUCAUUUUGCAACAGGCUUCAACAAGGCACACACCACAAACUAGCUCUCUACUCCCAAUGUCAGUGCUGGAGAAAAGAUUUGAUGCUGUGGAGAGCUCAAGGUGCAGCAGUCCAGGAGACACUUAUGUGAGUCAGUUCACAUCACAUUAAAUCAAAACUGUGUUUAAUAGUGGAGUCCCUAAGCCCAAAAAAUAAGCUGUUAACUUCAAGUCAUGAUACAAAUACCCCCUUUGGUAUGGAAGUACCUUAGGGUCAUAGGAAACAUUUUAUCCAAAGAGGCUAUAAAAUAAAUGAAGGGUGAUCUAACUUGUCUCUUUGGAUAAAAUGUUUCCUAUGGCCCUAAGGUACUUCCAAGCCAAAGGAACAGUAAAUCUCAGUUUAGGGGGAGGGGUGGGGGUAAGUUACCCUGUCAAAACGUACAUUCUUUCAUGAAAUUAGCAUAUUUUACCCCCUACUGUCAUUGUAAUUAAUGAAGCAUUGUUUUUUUUUUUUUUACAUUGAAACCUAUUUAAUUGAAUUCCUAGACCCCAAAAAUGUGCACUUUGACACCAAUAUUAUGAUUAUAGCUCUAACAGAAGAAAAGAUAUGGGGUCUGGUGUAUAAGCGGUUUAUUGUCGGCAGCUAUUUUUAAAAUGGCUAUUAAAAAAAAUUGAAGGGUGAUCUAACAUGUCUCUUUGGAUAAAAUGUUUUCUAUGACCCUAAGGUACUUCCAUACCAAAGGGGACAUUUGUAUCAUGACUUGAAGUGAAAUGUGUCUUAGGGCCCCCACUAUAAAGGAAACAGUCUUUGUACUUGGAACUUCAAGCAACUCUUUAUGCAGAUAGAGAUAUCCGAGCAUGAUUUAGGAAAGUCUCCUGUCUUUGAUGAUGUGAUACUUUAUUGGUACCAGUCAACCUCCAGUGUUGAAAGUGAGUGUCUUGAGUGUCUGCUCAAAAGCUAAGACACUUUUUGCCGCCUUGUACAAACAAACAAACAAAUAGAUGAAUGAAUGAAUGAAUCUAUAGAUAAAUAAUAUUUUGGACACUGUACUAUAUUUCAUAAUUCUUAACAAUUUAAUGAAUAAUGUUUUUUCCUAUAACUUCUUAGUUUUGCUAACAUGAACUAUGCAUAAAUAGAGGUGGUCGGGUGGUCAUCACUGGUGGAUGGUGCGUUAUACUAGCUGUUUGGCAGGUGAACUCUUUCCUUGUUUCCAGCUUUACAAAAAGUUGGUUUGAGUCAGCAUUUCUGCUAAAGUUACUUUGGAAAGAUUGUCGAUAAUGUUUCAUUUAUCAGCUGCAAUCAACCCCCCAUAUACGAUACAGGUCAAUAUCACAUUCCCCUGAUCAUCCAAUUGGGAGACAUCUAUGUAAUUUAAGUUUGGUAGACAGAAAUUGUUAAGAGUAAACAUCUGAGGAAAACUUAUGUUAAAGCAGACAGAUGUUGGUAGACACUACUGCGUUAGUGGCGGCUUAUCAACCUUGUCAGAUUUGUCUUUACGCAAACCCUGAUCUUUGGGUUUUGCAGCCUUCAUCUGUUUGAUACAGUCUAUGGUUGUUACAAUGAAUGUAAAGAGAGAGCCCGUAAGGGUUGCUAGCAAGCCCUCUUAUAUCUGCUGAACUACCGAAGUUCCCUCUUUCUGCACAAUCAUGAUAGUCAUAGUCCUGUAUCUGUCCACAGGUGUAUGCGGUCCCACCACCUUUACAUCAGGAUCCAAACUAUGACAUCCCCAUUCCUUCGGCAACAGAAGCAGCACAGAAAAGGAUUGCUGGAUACAGCACCCUUCCAACCCCCCGCAAACCUGAGUGGAUUUACGAUGUGCCUGUGGGUCCUGAGAAACACAGCCCACCCCAAAGUCCCUUUGACACCAUGCCAUCCAGAGCUGUUUGCAGGCAGCUCUAUGACAAUCUCCCAGCACACCCUUUGCCCAUCCAGAGAGGCAGUCCAGCACCCUCACUUUAUGAUAUACCAAAGCCCAGCAGUUUUGAAAGUCCACCUAAAGUGCUGCCAAGGGUUCCCAUUUAUGACAAGCCUCCAGCUCAAAAGAUCACAGAGGACUCAGUUUAUGCUGUUCCUCCCCAGGAACCCCACGUCAGAGUGCUUAAUGAACCCCCUCGAGAUCAUAUCCCCCUGGAGUGUAGGGGUGACUCAAAAAAUGCUCAUGAACUCAAAAGGGUACGUCUGCAAAGAAUGAGGAACUUCCUCGCCUGUACAUCUUUCCAUGACCUACCAGGAAGUAGGGAGUCACUGAAGCAGGACGAUGAUGAACGAGUUAAAACCCUAUGCCUCUCUGCAGCAGACAGCCAACGCAUCAGUACGGCCUCCAGCUCUUCCACCAGCUCAUGUGACUCUCUGGCUCUGAGCUCGUCCUCUCCAGAGCCCCUGCGAGAAGUAACGCUCAGGCAGGACGAGGCCUGUCGCAGACUUCUGGACCUGCGGGACUGUGUUUGUAGGGCCGUGCCCUGUCUCAUGGAUUUUGUCAGCAGUCACUGGAGAAGCAGAGACCAUCUGGGAAAACACUUAGAGAAGAUCAAAGAAGCAGCAGAUGGGAUUGUAACUUCUCUAACAUGCUUCCUAAACUUUGCCCUCGAUGUCAAAGGCAAUGCCCGCCGCCUGACAGAUACCAACCUCCAGACCAGGCUUUACAAACAGCUGUCCAUCAUCGAAGACUCAGGUAUCAUCCUACAACAAACAGUGAGUGCUCUGAACAUGGCUGGCUGGCCCCUGAACAUGCUCUGUCAGGACCCAGAGCAGGUCCAGACCCCUGACCAGUUAGAGCGCUUUGUCAUGGUGGCACGGACUGUUCCAGAAGACGUCAAGCGCCUGGUGUCAAUCAUCAACGCUAAUGGCAAACUUCUGUUUAGAGCCCCUCAGAAAGAGUCAGACCGUCUCAGCCAGACAGAUGUGAAGAGAAGUCCUGAUGUGAAGGAGCAAGGAGAAGACCUGGAGGAUGAUGAUGACUAUGUUGAGCUGCAGGUAAAAACAUCUUCUGAGACACACAUCACUGGAAUAACUAAUUUAUGAACUUAAAACACAAAAUUACAAAGAUGGAUUACAUUGUGAAACCCCGAUUGAGGGGUUGAUUAUAAGAAAAGAGUAUGAUGGUUUGCAAAUCAUUUAACACCUGUAUUUAAUUAAAAAUAGUGCAAAGACGACAUAUCAAAUGUUCAAACUGAAGAAAUAUAUGAUGAAAAAAUGUGCUCAUAUUAAAACUAAUGCCAGCAGCGUGUUUCUAAACAGUUGAGACAGGAGCACAUUUACUCUUGUAUUGCUUGACCUCUUCUUCUAACAACACAAUGAAAACGUUUGAGAACCACAGAGACCCAUUUCUGAAGUUUUAGAGUAAAUAUUGUCCCGUUCAUGUCCGAUACAUGCUUUGAGCUGCUCACUAUGUUUGCAAAGGUGUCAACGGGUCACAACUUUGGGUAGCAGGCAGGCCACUGGUACCCAGACUCUUAUUUCUACUUAUCUACUUCUAUAGGGCCAUUUGAUGUACAAUGCAAAAUCUUCUUAGUAAACAGCAUCGUUUGGAUUGCACCAUAAACAAACAAAAAUGUUUCUUCAAAACAUGUCUGUUCUUUUUUGUUGUUUUUUUUCAAAUAUGUAAACUAUGAGUUUGCCAUGCCAUGAGCAUAUAUGUAGCUUUAUACCAUCACAGAUGUUGGCCUUUAGAUCGUGCCCUAAUAACAAGCCCUAUGGCCUUUCUUCUCCUUGGAGAUGAGAAAGAAUAUUACAGGAUGCAGCAUUCAUGACUUCCAAAACGAAUGUCAAAUGUUGAUUUCUUGGAUGACAGGACAGUUUUACACUUUUCCCCGGUCCAUCUCAGAUGAGCUUGGGACCAGGGAAGUUGCUGAAAUUUCAAGAUUUUGUUUUUAUAUGGUUUGUUUUUUUUUGCAUGGUAGUGCAUUGAGUCACAUUUGUGGAUGCAGAUGAAAACAAGGGGAGUGUUCUAAGACGGGCUGUUACCUGUGAAACAGGGGUGCUCUGAAAACACCCCCAUUAGCACUUGGUACGUUCCUCCUGGUGAAAUCAACCAUGGACUGUAAAUUGGCGUGGAAAAAAUUGAGCUGACCAAUCAGAAUUUUGGUCAACUCCGUACGUAUCGAACAAAAAGUCGACCAGUUGACUAGGACUUUACAGCCCUAGCUGCUGGGAAUGGAUAUUUUUUUCCAUGUAUAUGCCUUAAUCGGACUGAGAGAGGGUUGAGAAAUAUGUCGUAGGAAUCCUGGUAGUUAAAAAAAUUUCAACAGGAGAAGAAGGGAUGGAAAAAAAGCUGUCAUACUACAAUUGUGAGAGUUAUAGAGUUGUUAAGUUUUCAUCAUUAGACAUAUAACCUUUUUGCUCACAGAAGAAGUCAACCAAGACACAGCCCAACUCUUUGUGUAUUUUUUCAGUGUCAACAUUUUAUUUGUCUCCUGCACUAUUAUUAAUUAAAUACAACCUUUAAAUGAUUUGAAAAUGUGUUUUUUUUAACAACCUCUUACUUGUACUAACUCUGAUGGAGUUGAGACUGUAAUAAUGUGAUUGUUUCUUUUUCCUCAGACAAAAAAUGAUUUUGAAAAGCAGCAGGAGGAAGUGGAGGAGACUCCAAAAGAAAAUGGCACACCGGUCUCCGAUGUGGCACAUGUGAGUUUAGGGUUCAACAAACUUGCCUUUGAAUACGAGAAUUUACACAGCUAGUUAUCAAGAAUUUAGGCUCUCAUCAAAUGAAGACACAAAGCCCUUCUCAUCCCUCUGGUGUUUUCUUUUCUGCACAGGCUGACUCCACUACUCAGUCCUCCAGCAGCGAAUCAGAAGAACAAGCACCACCCUCCCUGUCUGAGCACUGCAGGCUUUACUUUGGCGCCCUUCAAAAGGCCAUCAGAGGAUUCGUAAGCAGCCUUCAGGAUGGCCAGCCUCCAGAGCGAUUCAUCUCACAGAGUAAACUGGUGAUCAUGGUGGGCCAGAGAUUAGUGGACACUCUGUGCAGGGAGGCCCAGCAAGGAGGGUCCAGCCAGAGCCUUCUGUGUAAAAGCAAUCACCUGUGUGCACUCCUGAAGCAGCUGGCUGUGGCCACCAAGAAGGCCGCGCUGCACUUUCCUGAUGCCCAAGCUCUGUAUGAGGCCCAAGAGUUUGCCAAGGAACUAGCCCAAAGAGCACAGCACUUUAGGAUAUCACUCGACCUGUGAGAGCACACACAUGGAAACACACAAACAAACAAAAGAAAAAAACUGAUUUGUUUGUAUAGCAGAGUUAUUUAGCUGUUGCUUUCACUCUUUAGUUUUAUCUUCAGGCUUCACCAGCCUUAAGUGUUUGUUGAAUGUUGUCAUUAUAAUUAUAGCAGGUGCUGGUUUAAAUGUUAAGAGAACUUGCUGGGACAAGCAGAAUAAUUGACAUUUGUUUGUAAUAAAAUUUGAAAAAUUAAAAAAAAUAUAUAUAUAUUAUGGGACAGUUUGUUUAUUAAUUGCACAUUGGUGAUGUUGAACUCAAGCUAGUUUUAAAUUGAGCUUUAUUAUGUAACCUUUUUACAUCGUUCUCAGUAAUUUCAUUUACUUCAAAUGCUGUUUGCUCUAUAAGUGUUAUUUUAAAUUUAUUAAUUAUGAAUUGUUCUCACUAGAGUAGUUGUCACUUGAAAUCUCUGUUAAUAUUAUCAAAAUGUGUUAUGCAUUCCUGAACUUUUCCUAAGGUCUGAGUGUUAACUAUGUUUUUAUUACGUUGUAAUAUUAAAAUAAAAAUGGAAAACUCUUUUGCAGUUGAGUUGAUAUUUUCUGAAGCAGAUGUGCUGUCGCUGUGUCGUCAGAGUGAGCUGUUGCACGGACGUGAAAAUUCAAGCGUAUUAUAUAAUCGAGUUUUAAUGAUAAAAUAACUGUUUAGCAACUGUCAAUGUCUGAUUUUUAAAUAUGCUAUGAGCAUUAUUUAUAUGCAUUUAAACUAAUCACGUUAAUAACAAUAUUAUGCUAAUAGUCCUAGUUUACAAACUGAAUGUGACUGAUCAAUCUAAGAGACUCUGUUUCAUUUUCUGCCAUGUUUGACGGGGGAAAUAAUUUGUCUAGCAGGAGACACAGGGGCUUUUUUGUCUGCCCCAUACGAAAGGACAAAAGGAAGCGUGGGAUUGGUGGAGCUUUACUUUUAGAGUGUUACUCAACUCACCACCUACUUCUGCUUAAGACAAGAAACCACUAUGGGAAACUUUGCUUGUGAGUGAUGUACAAAGCUUCAUUUAAAUGUAAGUCUACAGUUGUGUAUGGGCAUGAAUAACAAACGUACAA